GAUGCGGACCUGGCAGCGGCAUCGGAGGACGAAAAGACGCAGAUUCUGGCCAAGUGGCGAGCUUUCCAGCAAAAGAGAAAACAGUUCCGAGCCAGUCGAGACAUGUCCUGUCAUUAAUAAUCGACAAACUCGUCCAAGCUUUGCGACCCACCGCGUGUGUCUUGGCUGCCUUGUAGGGUUAGCUGCGUGCAUCCAAAGUACUAUAUACUACCGAUGAUGUCCUGGAGGACCGUCGAGGAGAUCUCAUGCCCUUAAAAGUUCCAGCGCAUCAUGGAAACACACCAAGUACACCUGGAGGCGUCCAAGUCCCGCACUAUAUUUGUCGGCGCCCAUCACGAUAGCUACAGUGAGCCUCUACCAGGGUCUGUGACGGUCACCGUUCCUUUACCGGACGUCCAGCCCUGCGACUAUCCUACAGUCAGCAUUCGUCUGCUGCGAACAGUUUCUUCUAGACAGCGAUGUUGUAACAAAAUCGUCCCUGGGUAUACUGGCUUGCGCGACGCGUGGCGGCGGAGGAGGUCAUCGUCCAGCAGCUCAUGUUCAACAGACAACCAGACAUAUUCCACAACACAGACAGUGGCGCAGUGUGAUCUCUGGCAUACGCCGGACAGCAUCGAGCGUGAUCGUGGACGAGGAUUAGCGACAUUCCGAUACGCAUUUGGAAUGCCGAUACCAGGUGGACUACCGCCGACCAUGGAAACGGCGGUCGGAUGCAUCUCGUAUAGCAUCGUCGCCUUAUCGAAAUAUCACGGUUGCACAGCAGUCUCAGCACCACAGGUACUUGACAUUAAACGGUCUACCCUCCCAGGCCAUCCUCAGACUAUUCAGCACGCCCGAACCUUCCGCGGUGAUCGAAUACAAAUUGUGCUGGACGUCACCCCGAACCAUCCAACACCCAAGUGCUCUUAUUCUGCCAGAGUCUGCGCCAGACGCACCAUCACCGAAGGUCCGAGAGCGACCGAAAUGCGACAUGUCGUAGUCAAGGAGCUUAAGUGGAGGGUGGACGAGACCGUCAAGCAGCUAUCGAUACCUGGUCGCGCAACGCAAGCAGUCGAGUGCCAGGAGCAAUAUGUCCGCCCGCUAUGUCGAGAUAGCCAGAUUGGCAGGUGGAGUGCAACCGGGGGAGGUCGGAGGACGCAAGCGACAGAAGACAUGGUUGAUAUUCCAUUCGAGAUCAGGAUCGGUUCAGGCACGGCAGACGUGGAAUUAGCUACAUAUAAUGUCGGCACUGAAAGCCAACCCGACACGCACAGAGACGGCGAAACAAGAGUAAUUGUCGUCAAUCACCAACUGACGCUGGAUAUCGUCACGGCAGAAGAUACCAUUGAUCAGGUCACUGGCAGGCUGGUGGAUAGAAAGCCGUUGUGGAAGUCGUUCAGCGUCUGCUGUGCAUUGCCUGUAUAUGACUUCACAUCACCGAAUACUGCUCUGCCAGGGUUGAUCUUCAAUGAAGCUCCCCUGCCGUAUGAUGAAGAGUCUAGCCCUCCUGGAUACGCAGAGCACUUCGCUGCUUGAUUAUAUAUCGUGGCGGGUCCACUCCGACGAAGUACGUUCAUAUAGCAAUAAUGGGACAGGCGGCCAGGUAGACAACGAAAUGGACUUGA